AUGCUCACCAAUCCGCAUCCCUCAGUCUCCACAGGCGCCGUCUCGGCUUCGGCUGGCCAGACUGCGGCCGGCUUUUCCGGUUGCCCGAAGCAGUCGGUUGGCCUUGGUCUUCCGUUUCAAUUCAACAGCCUCACCAACAGCCAGCAAUACCUGAAUCAUGCUUCGCAAAUGCAACAACAACAACAACAACAACAACAACUACAGCCUUUUAUGCAAAUAGGCCCGCCGAACCACUCUCCAGGCUCUGGCUUUUCGCAUCAGUUCGCCCAGCACCAGCAGGACCACCAGCAUCAACAUCAGCAUCAACACCGACAACACCAGCAACAACAGCAUCUGUUGCAGACUCAGAAGCAUCUGUUGGCCGCUGGCAACGGCAUCUUUCCGGCCGAUCUGAGCGCCUGUUUUCAGACUGGCUUCCUCGCUGGCGUCAGAGGUGCUCCCGGAUUGGCCUUUCUGGCCGAGCAAGAGGCACCACCGCCACCAACCACGCCACCACCGCCGCCGCCGCCACCUCCGCAGGCCUCGGUCUCCUCCAGCUCGCCGUCCCGGACUCGGCCUCAGGGCUCUCCGCGGCGUGGGGCAACCGAGUCGAAAUGUCACACUUCGCAGAGCCGUAGCAACGAGGCCUUCAACCCCGGUCUCAUCGCGCCUGCCUCCGAGUCCCUCGCGCCCGGCGGCAGCAGUUCCACCAGCGUCAGCAGUCAGUCGGCCUUCGCGGCUCUGCCGUUGCCACUCGACCCCGUCCAGACGCAUUCGACGCCCGGCGCUGUCGCGGCCCUCUUGAAUGCACUCGCCUCGGGGCCGCCGGGCGCCACCGACUACACGCAUCACUCCUCUCAGACUCACCAUUGUCCACGCACCAGCAGCUGUUCACCGGCCAACGGUUUCUACGCCAACGCCAACACCAACGCUGAAGGAACGCCGGCAUCGAGGCCAGCAACGGUUACAGCGACAAUUGUACCAACGCAUCAGCAACACCAUAUGCAACAACAGCGACACCAGCAGCCAUCGCAACACUUCGAGAUGGCUCAUGUUCCCAUGAAUCCGGCCACAAGUCGAGAUGGUAUGUAUCCCUUUCAUAUGCAGCCUCGUGUCUGA